AUGAAGGUGCUUCGUCGUCAGAUAAGCAGCAAGGACGGCGAUGGCUUCGUGCAGAUGAAGACGGAGGAGGCGGAGGACAUGUGGCACGCCUACAACCUCAUAGCCGACGGGGAUAGGGUGGUAAACGAGAGCUCGACGGGGUCAACGACGAGCAAGCGGGUCCGCCUGAGCCUCACCAUCGCCGUCGAGAGGGUAGACUUCGACUCCGACUCGUGCCUGCUGCGGCUGUCGGGGAGAAACUCGGAAGAGAAUCCGCACGUCAAGAUCGGGGCCUACCACACAUUGGACUUGGAGCUGAACCAAGUGUUCUCGAUAGAGAAGGAUGUCUGGGAUCUGAUCCACUUGGAGCGGAUAGAAACAUCCAGUGACCCCACCAAGAAGGCUGAGGUAGCGGCGGUGGUGAUGACGGGAGGGCUGGCCCACGUGUGCCUGGUGACGUCCCACAUGACGGUCACGCGGGCGCGGAUCGAGAUGAACAUCCCGCGUAAGAGGGCGGGCAGCUCCGACCACCAGAAGGCCAUCUCCCGGUUCUACGAAGCGGUUUACCAGGCGAUCGUGCGGCACGUGAACUUCCAGCAGAUCAAGUGCUUGCUUCUGGGCAGUCCUGGCUUCGUGAAGGACGACUUUUUCGAGUUCCUCAACCUAGAGGCGGUCAGAAGAGAAGAACGGGUUCUGAUCGAGAACAAGUCGAAGUUUGUCCUGGUGCACGCCUCCUCGGGACACAAGCACGCCGUAGAGGAGAUCCUGUCACAGCCCGCCGUUCAGACGCGCCUGGCGGACACCAAGGCCAGCGAGGAAAUCAGGGCCCUGGCAACUUUCUUCGACAUGCUCAAGAAGGACCCCGACAGGGCUUACUACGGGUACAACCACGUGUCUAGGGCGAACGAAGAGCUGGCCGUUGACAGCCUACUGGUGACGGACGGUCUUUUCCGAAGCAGCGACUUGCAGACGCGAAAAAAGUACGUAGGUCUGGUCGAGGCGGCCAAGGAUAGGGGCGCCAAGGUCUUCGUGUUUUCCAGCAUGCACGUGACGGGAGAGCAGCUAGGACAGCUCACGGGAAUCGCCGCUGUGUUACGAUUCCCUCUGCCGGAGAUCGCAGAGGACGAUGACGAGAGCAGCGACGAGGAUUCUGUCAUCGGCGAGGGCAGAGAUAUGGACGCCGGGGAGGUGAAGUCUCUUGCUCAAGGGGUGGCGGCGAUAGAUAUGGGGCUGUAGCGCACCGAGCUCCUGAACAAGACUCUGCAAUGGAAUGCAACAUGCUUGAACGGUUUUUGCCUGGUGUUGUCCGUUGAGCGAUGCGAAAGACACCGCUGUCCUCUUGCUGGAAACAUGUUCCAAAUUUUGACACGAUGUUGGCUGUAUAUUGCAAGAGGUACAAUACCGUAGGUCUUGGGUAGACUUGAGUGGUUUUUGCAGUUUAUGCGGUAGUGAUUUUGGCUAGAGGCUGCCGAAAGUUUUCGCCCACUAGCCAUGACGAGCAUGCGCGUAGUCGAUUUGCAGAAAGGACACCA